UGUCCCUAAUUUCCAAAAAAAUAAGGGUAACUAACUACAGAACUAUUUCCAUACGUCAGUAGUCUACGUGGAAUUAAUUGUACCGUGACCGGAAAAUUGGCUUUCCUCUUCCCCGGGAUAAAUAUGUACGGUACCGGUAAGUUGAAUCUUAUCUGGACAUACCGGUAGUCAUUGUAGUAGAAACAUAUCGGGAUCACGAUUUUAAAAGGAACACAGCCAUUUUAGUAUGAACGUAGUGGAAAUUCUAAUUUUAGUGUGAGCAGCGCGUGGGCACACCGUUUUUGACGUAACUUAUAAUAAUUUAUUUCAACUGUUAUUCAACGUACUGUACUGUACUGGGGCAUGAAUUACGGUACACUUCUGAAUACCUUAUUAAAUGUUUUCAUUUUUACAUGUAUUACUAGUUAAAUGAUGGCAUUGAUUUAUCGUUGAAACAAUAUCAAGAUUUUAGUUAUUAUUUCGAUGUCAGUAUCAUUGGGCGUUGUAUGGAGAGCAAAAUUCGUAUCUCACACUUCUCCUGCAAAAGAAGAGGACAAAUCUAUAAGUGCAGACUUGCCAUCAAAAAUAGCUGACAAAGUUCGAUCUGAUGCUCCUGUCCUUGCUCAACCUGUCAAGGAACAAAGCAAAAAUGUUAGUUCAAGAGGAUAUUCUCUUGAGGAAAUGAGAGAAGAAGCGAAAAAAUUAAAUUUCAUCCAAUUAAUAAAAAAUAAAGAAAAAUUUGGAGACCACCGCGCUGACGAUCCUGUGAUUGUUGUGCAGGCACAUGAUAGGGCAAAUCUUUUGAAAAUAUUAUUCGACUCUUUACGAGAAGUCAAAGGCAUUGAAAGCGCAACAUUGGUAAUCAGUCGAGAUAAAUUCACUCCUGACAUGGAUAAUGUCAUCGAUAAAAAUCUUAAUUUUUGCAGAUAUGUGGAAAUAUUUUUCCCAUUCUUAAUGCACCUCUUUCCCAACAAAUUUCCAGGUGAAGAUCCCAAUGACAAUGAUUGCCCUCGUGAUCUAUCCAAAUCAGCUGCAAUGAAACAAGGCUGCAACAACGCUGAAUGUCCAGAUAUGUAUGGUCAUUACAGAGAAAUUAAAUAUGUACAACUGAAGCAUCAUUGGUUUUGGAAGCUCAACAUGGUAUUUUCUGGAAUCAGAGAACUUAAUGGUAAUACUGGCCCUAUUUUAUUGCUUGAGGAUGACAAUUAUGUCAUCCCAGAUGUAAUUGACGUCAUGAAGAAGGCAGUUCUAUUACGAGACUCUGAAUGCAAAGACUGUCUUGCUAUUACAUUAGGUGCCUAUGACUUCACAACAGACUAUCGCUUCAAUGGCGCAGAUGCUGAUGUUAAACCAUGGGUUAGUUCGAAGCAUAACAUCGGAAUGGUAAUAAAUCAACAAUUUUUUGAUAAAAUUACAUCAUGCUCUAAAUAUUUCUGCACCUAUGAUGAUUACAACUGGGACUGGACUUUGCAAUCAACCGCAUUGAAAUGCUUUUCAGAUAUUCACCUUUAUUCCCUCAUAUUAAAAGUACCAAGAGUUUACCAUCUUGGAUGUACUGGGUUCCAUCAGAAACCUGCAGGUGGAACGUGCGACAUAGCCGCAGAGGUUGAAAAACUCAGAGGAUUAUUACGAAAAGAAGCCUCAAAUUUAUUCCCCCCUACCCUUUUCUUGAAGUCAUCGAGCAAAAGCCCCAACAGUCCACAUGUACAGAAUGGUGGUUGGGGUGAUAUCAGAGACCAUGAAUUAUGCCAAAGUUAUACAAGUUUAUGUAAAGAAUACUUGAACUUGGGUUGAAUAUAAGCGUUUUGGAUAUAUUCUCCUGAAAAUUAGUUGAAACUGCAAUGAUUUGAGGUGUAUAUGGCCAAGCAAUGAAUUUAUCCCCUGAGGUUUUUGGAGUGCACUUAUGUAUCCCAUAAUGUGUAAUUGUGCAUUGCAACCUGAAUGCAACUGCAUGAUAUUUAUCUAAAUUGCAUCGUUUUAUAUUCUAUUGCAGAUCUACUUUUAUUAUUGAAGAAUAUAAGCUAGGGUUUGCAUGGAACUAUGUAAGGUACUCCUGAAGUAUGUGAACCCAGAUGGCGGACACUGGAACAUAGUAUGUGUACCAGGUUAGGCCAUAAUUUCAGGUACAAAUACUAUGGGAGGUACUCGGCUAGUCCUCGAACUCGUAAUAGAACUAAAAUAAGGAAAACACAUACUACGUUCAGGUGUCCAUCAUUUUGGUUCACAUACUUCGGGAGUACCUUAUGUAAUGCAUGUUUUAAGUGGAAAAAUUCCAAGUAAAUUAUGUUUUAACCGGGCAACGUAAUUUGUUUAAUCUAAGCUGUAAUAGAGAUGACUAAAUCAUUAAAAUAAUUUUUUUUUGUAUGAUGCAACACAAGAGCCACGAUAUUGUAUCCCUUUCUGUAAAAUAGUAACAUAAUUAUCCCUGUUGUAAUCAACAAAUUGUGUUAAUAGGAUUAACUUUAAAUAGUUUGAAUCUCAAUAUCUGGUAUAAACGAUAAUUUUUGGGUUGGAUUUUUUAUUUUCAAGAGUAAGUCUCAGAUGCCUUUCCAAAGUAGUACUUGCAUCAGUAGGGAAUUAUCCACAUUGGUAGUAAAAUUUUGAAAAGUAACCUCAUUAUAAAUGCUUGCUUUUAUAGUGCACUUGUGUAGGUGUGACUGAUAAUAUACAUUUUAUGUUUGAAUUCUUUAUUAACAAUAAUUUCCUGCCAUGAUUGAAAUUGGCAACAAUCUUUCUUUGCGUUUGCAGUAAUCUAGUCUGUAUAUACAAUUGUGAUGGAAAUGUUUACAGAUAUUAUGCAAGUAGGCAUUCUAUUUACUAACAAACCUGGCGUAUAUUUUAUUUUCAGAUUUAGUUAUAAAAAAAAAUAUAUCAAUUUCUGUUGUUGAUCACCCAUUUUGUUUAGAUUUUUGAAUAUUUAUUGUCUUUUUUGCAGUUUUUGUGAAGCAAUAUAAAACAUUAAAGAUAAA